GGGCACUUGUGUAAGACUUGUUGUGGUGUGAUUGCGCAGCGUGUAAACAACCGCAGAAAUGGGUGGUGGAGAUCUGAAUAUGAAAAAGGGCCAUCACCCUGCCACAAUGAAGAAUCUCGAGAAGAAGUGGCUGGCCGAGCAGAAGCGAGACAGCGAGAAGAAACAGAUCGAACAACUACAGAGAGAAUUAGAGGAAGAAAGAGCGAGAGAAGACGUCAAGAGACAGGCCGUGGAAGCAGGAUUGAAGAAGAAGUCGGAUCGUGUUGACUGGAUGUACCAACACAUGGCAGUUGACCGUGAACAGUAUCUACUUGGCAAGGCCAUUGACAAGCGUGUCGAUCCAACAUACAAUGCUGAGCAAGAGAAGCAAGCUCUGGAAGGUCCAGGCGCUCUGUUCGCCGGUGAUGCCGUUAACGUGUCGAAUGAUGUCGCUACUAAGAUCCGGGAGGAUCCAUUGUUUCAUAUAAGGAAGAAAGAAGACGAGCACAAGAAGGCCCUGUUGAAUAAUCCGAUUAAAAUGAAGCAGAUUCAGCAGAUACUGAAGGACGGAUUAUUGGAUAAGAAAGGGAAAAAGAAGAAAAAGGCAAAGAAGAAGCGUUCUGACUCAAAUAAAGACGACGAGAAGAAACACAAAAGGGAGGGAAGGCGACAGUCAAGGUUGUCUCCACCUGGGAAAGACUACAGGGACAGGUGGAGAGAUCGGUCUCGUUCACCACUUAGGGACAGACACCAGUACAGAAGGAGAAGUCGAUCUCGUUCACCAUUACAACGCAGAUAUGAUCAUUAUAGACAGAAGAGACGGUCUUCUUCAACGAGUAGUGAAGAACAAAAUAGGAGAUCUCGAUCACCUCGUAGGGACAGACGUGAUAACAGACGAAGAAGUCGAUCUCAUUCACCAUCUCAUCAUGACAGUCAAAAGUUUGAAAGACAUGAUGACAGGCAAAGUAGUCGAUUCAAGGUUUUGAGUAAGUCUCGUACGUUGUAUGACGAAAAAGAUGAGAGGAGAUCAAGGUCUGUAUCUCAGGACAGACGUAGGACGUUCAGGUCUCGAUCCCCACGUAGAGACAGGCACAAUGACAAACAUGACUCUGUGUCUCGACAUCCAAUACGACAAAAUGAUAGUCUUGGUGCUAAUGGUGUGACACAAGAUAAACGAGAUUUAUCACGAGACAGGCCAAGACUUGCUGAGAAAACGAAGCUUGACAAAGAAACAAUGGAGAGGAAGAGAUUGGAGAUGAUGGAAAACGCUAAGCAACGAGACAAAGAACGGGAAGCGAGAGUUCAACGGUACAGAGACGAAGCUGCAAAGGAAGAAGAUGUACAGCAACAAACAACAGAGAACGGUGAAGAUGCAGGGUUUCUUCAUUCCAUGAAAAUGACUACCUAUUUGUCCAAUCAGAGUUCUGUGGAGGAUCGUAUCAAGAGAAAUAUCAAUUCCCUACAAAGAACGAAUGCUUCUCUCGACAAGCAUUUUCUUAAGAAAUAUGUCACAUGACUAGGCUGUCAGACUAGUUCCUAGAAGUAAUGAAUGAGUUUUACUGAA